AUGGCAAGACCCUCUCGUUGUUUGGGUGCAUCCACGGGCUGCGCCAUAAGGGAAGAAUCGAACGUGAGGAAGGUGAGGAGGGUAGAAGGGCAAGCUAAGCAAAACGAUGAGCUGCAUUGCAAAAAAAUAAAAGAAAAAGGCGUAGAAAGCGAGCGAGCGACGGACGGACGGGACGGGACGUUCUUUCGCCCGCCGUACGGGAUUUCUACACGCCGUGGGAAGAAGCCAUACACACGAGGUCUUCUUUCUUCUUGCCUACUUAGUAGGGCUCGGAGCGACUUCGUCAGGGCCCGAGCUAGGCACAGGUGGCGCGCGUUCAACGGUCGCUUACGGCGGGGGGACACAGGGAGCGAAGAAGAAGAAAGAAGAACGGAUGAAUCAUCCCGAGCCUCGCUGAAGCAGUCCCGGGCUCGAUCCGUGUCCAUGUACGAGGACAAUCUGACUGCCGCGUUCAUAAACACGACCUCGAACGCUCUCGUGAACGUUUUGUCCCGUACGCCGGGCGACGCUGAAGCCGGAGCGCGCGGAGGCUUUCAUGUGGGCCAGAACGGGCUUCGACGACGGGGUCGUCAAACCUACACAAGAUACCAGACCCUCGAACUCGAGAAGGAGUUCCACACGAACCACUACCUGACCAGACGCCGCCGGAUCGAAAUGGCGCACGCGCUGUGCCUCACCGAACGCCAGAUCAAAAUCUGGUUCCAAAACCGACGCAUGAAGCUAAAAAAGGAGAUCCAAGCCAUCAAGGAACUCAACGAGCAAGAAAAGCACGCGCAGGCGGCCAAGGCCGCCGCUGCAGCCGCCGCCGCCGCAGCUGCUCAAAACGGCCAGUCGCACGCCCAGGGCUCUCAUGCCCAGCAAGCACCGAAUAACCAGACGACGCCCAAUGCCGGUGGCGCAGGCGGCCACCAAAGCGGCCAGGGUCGUGACCCGCACGCCAACUCGGCCUGA